UUGGUGCCAUGCUCAACCUCACCUCCACGCGUGGGCUCUUCAUUGUUAAUUAAAGCCACAGCCAUGCUACCAUCCACUCUACAGUAUACCACUAUGACCGACACACCUCAUCCUACCGCUUCUCGCAACACCUCAGCUUCCACAGUUCCCCUCCUCCCUGCGACACAGGACUCAGAGGAGGCACCGCCUCACCUCUGCACGCUCUCUAAACGAAAUGUGUUUGGCUCUUUAUUCUCUCGCACCUUACCCAAGUAUAGUGGUCCCUACCCGGUUGGCGUCCGCGACGUCGAGCUAUCGAUACCCACGGAGACCUUUGGUGACUUCAGACACAAGUCUAUGCCAAACGUAUCUGCUGGCCUCAGCAUUGAUACCGUCCUGUUCUCCCUCUUUUACCCAGCUGAGAUAGAUCCGAAGACGAAGAACAAGAAUGUAGUCUGGUUCCCUAGAUUAGCCCAGACAGUAGACGGCUUCAUCAGGAUGGCCAAUAGAAUGCCCAACUGUGUCUAUAGAACAGUAGCAUACCCAGCUGCAGCUGCAGCUAUUUGGGGCACGACCUUCCCCGGCAUGCAAGACGCACCACUCAAGAACCCCCCUGAGGAGGGGCAGAAGUGGCCCAUCAUCAUCUUCAGCCACGGAGUGGGAUGCUCCCGGCUUAUGUAUUCCUCCUUCUGCGGCGAAAUGGCUUCGCGCGGGUACAUCGUCGCCGCCGUCGAACAUCGCGACGGCACUGGUCCCUCGUGCCGCGUGACGAACGAGCACGGCGACACGAAGGACCUCCCCUGGGUGCAGUGGUCCGACCUCGAGUGGAGCGAGACCGCGCAGCAGCCGAUGAACGACACCACGCUCCGACACGUGCAGCUCGAGGUGCGCAAGGCCGAGGUGCACCACGUUCUCGAAGCGUUCCGCAAGAUCUCGCGCGGCGUGCGGGUGCGUGAGAACACCGCUGGCGCGAGGCAGGAGGGGAAAAGAAGGGCGGGCGCGGGCGCAGGGACGGGUGCGGACUAUGAUUGGUCGAGGUGGACGGCGAUCGAUGUGGAGAAGCCGAUUGUGGCGGGGCAUUCGUUUGGGGGGACGUUGGCGAUCGCUGCCGGCGAUGACAACCGGUUCAACUGGACGCACGUCGUUGCGUUCGACCCUGCCGUGCAGCGACUACCAGGGCUCGACCCAUGGCACGGCAAGAUCAAAGCCCCCCUGCUGGUAAUAAACUCAGAAGAAUACUGCUUCGGGCGCGAGUUCCCCAUCCUCGUGCAGGACAUCAUGCCCUCCGCCGAAUCCGCCGACAUGUUCAUCAUCCCCGGCUCGACGCACCCAGCGUUCUCGGACGUCUUCCUCAUCCUCCCGGACUACAUCAACCGCCUCACGGGGCUGAGCGUGAACCCAUUGGCCGUGAUCGACCAUACGAUCGACACGACGUGGAAAUUCGUGCGCGGGUGCUUGGGCACCGUCGUCAACGACGAGAAGCUACGCGUUGUCCGGGGUAUGAAACUCACGCGUGGCGAGGUUGGGCCUGUGGGUGAGUUGGUGAGUUGGGUGCCUGCGUGAGUGAGUUGUGGGACGACCAUUUGAAGAUGCGGGUGUUGUGUGCUUAAGACGGAUGUUGGGCAAGAUUCCAGGAGAGGGUGGUUAACGAUGUAUUUUUGAAACACGGACAGCGUAUAUAUCCACCGACAUUUUGUGUACCCGAAGAACAGUCUAUAUUAUGUAUAACGACAGUCUAAUAAACACGCGAG